AUGAACGUCAAAGCGGCGUUGGCGAUUUGCAUGGUGUUUGUGGGGUGUUGUUCCAAUGUUGUUUUUCUGGAGCUGGUCGUUAAAGAGGACCCUGGCGCUGGGAACCUGGCGACAUUCCUCCAAUUCCUGUUCAUUGCGUCCGUGGGUUUCUGUACCGUGGGCAAAUUCGGUACAGCCAAGCGAAACAUUCCAUUCAAGCAGUACUUGCUUCUCGUGGGAUUCUUCUGGACUAGCAGCGUCGCGAACAACUACGCGUUCGAUUUCAACAUAUCAAUGCCGCUACACAUGAUCUUCCGCGCUGGUUCCCUCAUGGCAAACAUGGCGAUGGGAGUAUGGAUCCUGAAGAAGCGGUACACAUUCCUCAAGUACUUAGCUGUGUUCAUGAUAUCCGCUGGUAUAGCCAUAUGCACCAUCCAGUCAAGCGGCGACGUAAAAGCACCAAGGGAGACCCACGAGGACGCAGCGGAGGAGGAGAAGCUGAAAUUCAUUGACUGGCUGUGGUGGUGUUUGGGGAUCGCAAUUCUGACCUUCGCCCUCUUCGUAUCAGCUCGGAUGGGCAUCUUCCAAGAGUCCCUCUACUCUAAAUUCGGGAAGCACCCUUGGGAGGCGCUGUACUACACCCAUUUGCUACCACUGGUCUUCUGGUUACCGACAGCUACUAACCUGACGAGGCACGUGGCUAUCGCGUUUGAUACACCAGCUGUGGACUUCCUGGGCUUCACGUUCCCUCGACAGGUGUUAUGGCUUAUUCUAUACGUGUUAACUCAAGGGUUAUGUAUAAGUGCUGUGUAUGUUCUAACGACGGAAUGCGCUUCGUUAGUCGUUACGUUAACUGUGACUCUAAGAAAAUUCGUUUCGUUAAUUUUCUCGAUUAUGUACUUCAAGAAUCCGUUUACUGUAGGACAUUGGGUAGGUACGCUCUUGGUGUUUAUCGGUACGAUGAUAUUCACUGAGUUGCUACAGAAAUCACUUGCUUUGUUCGCGCGUAAGGAUAAGAAAAAGGUUCAGUAA